UCUCAACACCGCGCGAAGUAGACGGCCGGUCAUUCUGUGAGCUGCGGCACGGAGAAGAAUUUGUCUUCAGCGACAAAGCAGCUGUGCCUGUGACCGUACUGCAAACACGAGCAGGGCAUGACAAGGUCAAGCAAGCGCUGGAAAUUUUCAAUAAGGACGAGCGGAGUGGGGUUUUAGACAAAAUGCUUUCGCUUGUGACGAAUCCAGCGGGGAAGCUGUAUAAGCUUCUCGAGAAAGGGCUCAAGAGCGUGUUCAGCAACCUCAUGGCGAUCCUCCGUGGGGGAAGCAAGGAUGGUCGUGCGGUAAAGCUCGUGGCAGAUGCUCUCGCUAAAGAGACCAAAACAGCGAAGAAGGAUCAAGUCGCAAGCAUGACACAGGCAGCGCGGGAAAGCAGCGCCCAGGCGAGGGAAGAGGAGGCGACCGCGGCGCGUGCCGCCGCCGAGGCGCGAGAAAUUGCGAAGGGGGAAACCAAACAGGAGAAGGCCGCGCGACUGGCGGCAGCGGCGCGACUCGCUAAAGAGGAAAAAACAGCAGGGGUGGGUAGCGACACCAACGCGGCCCUGGCUUCCACGAUUGCCAGUCACAUGGCAUCCGACGGUCAGGCUUCCGUUAGCGUGGCCAACAUGGCCAAUCAGGCAAAGUCGCAUGGGUUGUUUGGUGCAGCCACCAGCACAUUACAAAUUUCUCGAGUUGUUGCAGCCCAAACUCCACCUGAGCUGUUUAGCGUCGAAGAGCUGUACUUCGAGAUGUUCCUCACACCAGCUGCUUCAACUGGCACGAAGCUGCACGGCGCUGCCGAAUUAGACGAGGGCAACUACCAGGGGCAAGACUUCCGCAGUUCUUCACCUACGGGAAGUAGAAACACGUUCGAGAAGAUACAGGUAGAAGAGGACGGACACAUGAUUAGUGAGAAACCUACAAUUUCUGGUGCCACGGCAGAUCUUGGAGUCCACCUGCACACCCGUUCCUCGUUUCUGCAGAGACAUCGACUGGGGCUGAGCGAAACACAAAAGUUCGCUGUGCUUGAUAAACUCGGAAACAUGUUUCGCAUGGCAGUGGCGACGAUGGGCAAGGCGCUAGCGUUCAUGAAGGAAGCCAUGAAAGCCACGGUGUUGAGCGCGGGCGCGGGUGUGCUGUUCAAUUUGGCGAAAAACAAUCUGAAAAGCUUUCUGGACACGCUAGCGGACAACGUCGCG